AUGGAGCCAGCAUCUCACCUUCUGCUGCAGAGCUUUUGGGACAGGAUAAGAGAACAAGACUACCUUCUCCGAUCUCCUUUAUUCCCUGUCCUGUUCUCCUUUACCGUCUACCUGGUCUGCUGCCUGCCUUACCUCUAUCUAGACUUACUGUCCACCAGGGUGGCUCUAGUGCGCUGCUACAAGAUUCAGCCCCACAUCACAGUGACCUGGGCCAUGGCUUGGAGCUGUCUGGCCAAGUCCCUUUACACUCAUGCUGUGUUCAUCUUCCCUCUGGGUGUCCUCCACUGGUACUGGAGGCCCGUGGUCCUCCCUGCCCAAGCACCUGGAGCUUGGGCAGCUGUCUGGGACGUGCUGGCCUGCCUCCUACUUUUCGACCUGCAGUACUUUGUGUGGCAUAUGCUACAUCACAAGGUGCCCUGGCUCUACCGGACCUUCCACAAGGAACACCACCGCUACACGGCAACCUUCGCCCUCACCACCGAGCACUCGGGCGUCUGGGAGACCCUGAGUCUGGGCUUCUUCGCGGGUGUCACCCCUGUCCUGUUGGACUGCCACCCGCUCACCAAGAUGCUUUUCUUCUCUCUCAACAUAUGGAUGUCCGUUGAAGACCACUCUGGCUAUGACCUGCCCUGGUCCCCGCACAGAUUGGUGCCUUUUGGUCUUUACGGUGGAGCUCCUCACCAUGACCUGCACCACUUAAAGUUCAAUGUCAACUAUGCACCGUAUUUCACUCAUUGGGACAGGCUCUUGGGCACGCUGUACACAGAGACAGCUGAUGCAUCCGAUGUGCUGCUAAAGAGAACAAUAUGAAGUCCUGGACAAGACUGCAGAUUCAGUUCAGAGGAAAGUAAGAAAAAGACUGGAUACACUUCUUUGAUUCCUCAAACCUGAAGAUUUAGAGUUUUGAAAAAAUGGAGGAUUGUGGUACAUUGUGGUAUUAUUUUUGUGAAUUUUGUUACCAGUUCAGUGUUUCAUGAAUGUUUCAAUAUUACCCUAUUUUCUUUGGCAACGUUUUGUUGUUUUUAUUGUUGUAUAAUGUUUUUGUGUAUUCUGCUCUAUGUUAUGUACUUAUUGUAUGACAGUGUCUUUGCAAUAAGACUUUUCUGUCAACUCUGGAAAUAAAUGUGCAAUAUUUUAUUUAAUA